UUCAACUGUAAUAAUGAGUUACAAACUUUUGCUUUGUGAAUGGGGUUUGGAAAAAUACAUUGAAAAAUUUGAAGAUGAAGAAAUCGAUGAUGAAUCUUUCCCAUUUUUGGAAAAGGAAAAAAUUUCUGACUUAUUUCCUAAAGUGGGACCUUACUCUAAAUUUAUAAGGUUAUACAAUAAUUGGAUUCACGAUAAAGAAAAUAAUGAACCGGCUUCAACACCUGUAUGUACACUACUUAAUUUAAUAAAAAAAAUUAUUGUAAACUAUUUAAAGAUGAAGAUAAAUAAAUCAUUACUGUUUUCUAAAUUUAUUUUUCAAAUGAUUAAAGGUCAAUAAUGCAUUACAAUUAAAAAGUGAUAUUGAAGGAACCUAUGAGAUUGGUCCUGAUGGACAAUUAGAAGAAGUAUA